GCUAUUAACAACAGAACCAUCGCACGAGCUAGUGUAUUAUGACAUUGUUGCUGACAUAAUUUAGGCUUAGUGGUCGGUGGAAAGAAGUGCAUCCCUUGAUCCGGGUGAUUAGACACAGAUAUUAUUUUUAGUCGUGUGUAAUCGCAGCGAAACGGAAAGAGCAAGAGUGCUAUCGCCCUACACACUGACAGAAUUUUUGGCGAGCUAAAUUGAGCUCAACCCGAUCCGCCAUGACAUCGACUAUGGUGCUGGCUUGUCGUUGUGCGAUAUAAACACGCCGUUUUUUGUGUCUGUUUACUUGAAUUUCGUAAAUACCACUUACAUUUGGAUUUGUAUAUUCUAUGGAGGUAGCGGUGCUGUGUGCGUGCAAAUAUAACGUCGGCAAGCGAUAGAUUUUCUUGGAUAAUUUGCAUCACCAUUUGUGCUGAAGAUCGGCCAUUCCGGUAGCGACAGAAUUUCUCAUUUGACAUAAUUGAGCUUUUAACCAGGUCUUACGUGCCGGCACCCUGUUGAGGAGUGAGUUCAACUACUGUGGGAGCAGGAAGAUUUUAUAAUAUCUUUAGAUGGCAUCAAACGCAGGACAGAAUGGGCCCAUGGAGUCCUCGACAGACGACCCUCAGAAAAAACAAGGAACACGAGUAUUCAAGAAAAGCAGCCCCAAUGGAAAGAUAACAACCUACUUGGGAAAGAGAGACUUCAUUGACCAUCUUACUCAUAUUGAUCCAAUAGAUGGCGUUGUGCUGGUCGACCCGGAGUACCUGAAGGACAGGAAGGUGUUCGCUCAUGUUCUGGCAGCGUUCCGCUAUGGCCGCGAGGACCUGGACGUUCUGGGGCUCACGUUCCGGAAGGACCUGUACCUGUCCUCGCUACAAGUGUACCCGCCCCUCAAGGAGCAUCAGAAGCCCCUGACACGCCUCCAGGAGAGGUUGAUCAAGAAGCUGGGCCCCAACGCCUACCCCUUCUACUUCGAGCUGCCGCCAAAUGCUCCAGCCUCCGUCACACUGCAGCCCGCACCAGGGGAUACUGGGAAGGAGGAGCCUGAACAGAAAGGUGUUAAGAAACCAGAGCCAUGUGGUGUGGACUACGAGAUGAAGACAUUUGUAGCAGACUCAAUCGAGGAGAAGCCCCACAAGAGGAAUUCAGUUCGUUUAGCGAUCCGCAAGUUAACGUACGCUCCUGAGGAGCCGGCGCCGCAGCCAAAUGCAGAGGCUGUCAAAGACUUCAUGAUGAGUCCAGGGAACAUUAGACUAGAAGCGUCGCUGGACAAAGAGAAAUAUUACCAUGGAGAAGGACUAGCGAUCAAUGUUUUGGUGGACAAUAACACAAGUAAAACUGUCAAGAAAAUCAAAAUUUCAGUGCGGCAGUUUGCAGAUAUCUGUCUCUUCUCAACUGCACAGUACAAAUGCACCGUUGCUGAGCUGGAGAGCGAUAAUUCUAGGGAGGGCUUCCCAAUCCAGCCGAGCCAAACAGGCUUCUGCAAGGUGUAUCACUUAACCCCUUUAUUGUCAAACAACCGAGACAAGCGUGGUCUGGCACUGGACGGCAAGCUGAAGCAUGAGGACACAAACUUGGCCUCUUCUACAAUAAUGACGGACAGUAGUCAGAAAGAAAGUCUCGGCAUUGUGGUCUCCUACAGAGUCAAGGUCAAACUCAUCCUGGGAUUUGGAUCCGGGGACCUGUCGGUGGAGUUGCCAUUCACGUUGACGCACCCCAAGCCCCCAGAGUCCCCACCCCCAUCACGCCCCGCCAGUCUGGUGCCCGCGGAGGGAGGAGAUGCUCCGGUCGACACCAACCUCAUACAGCUCGACACAAAUGGAGAGGCAUUCUACGGCGACAAGGAUGACGACUUUAUUUUCGAAGACUUUGCUCGUCUUCGCCUCAAAGGACACGAAGGAGAUGAUACGGAGGCCUAACCAUCUCAGAAUUCUACUGAUUGCGUGAUUACAGCACCGAAUGUCAAGCUCAAGGGGGGAUAACCCAUGUCAAGUGAUGGAGUGGGCCUUUGGAGUUAUCUCCCUCCAGCUCCUAAAGCUAUAGUGUUUUUAUUGAAGACAGACCUAUUUAUGCUAAUAACUGUACAAGAAGAUGUUUGUGGAUGUUAGCUGUUCUAGCCUCACAUGGUGGCCAUCUUGUGCUGGCGGCCGACAACUGUUUCCUAAGCUUGUUGAAGUGCAUUUAUUAUAAUGGCAGAGUGAUAAGAUUCUUCCCUCCCAGCUAAAGUAUAACUUAUUAUAUAUUGCAUUGAACAUUGCAUAAGCUUUUCUAGGAUUUUUGUUCCUUUUUAUUUAAAGAAACACAACUUCGAGUUUAGUAUGAGCGAUGUAUUCCAAAUGUGUAAUAGAUCAUGAGUUGAAAGAAAUAUUUUAUGUCAAAUGGUGACAUGGACCCAAAAUUUACGCAGCAUCUCUGCCAAAAAUCGAAAUAAUGUGUUUGCUUUGCCAUUGUUGAAAAUGGUUAUUCACAGAAAAAUUAACAUACAAAUAAAAAACUGUUGUUAUAGCAAACCAUGUAGACCGUGAUAAAGGUCUCAUUGUGUUAUGUGCAGACAGGAUAAUAGUAUCCGUGCAGGUUAUUUAUAGAUAUGAAAUGUGUUCAAAAUCCAGAUAUUUUCCUACUUAAAGUUUUACCAAAAAGGGAAUUUCUGAACACCCUUUCACAAGAGACCACAUUUUAAGGUGUAUAUUUAUGUCCAAUGACAGAUCUGAAAACGGGUAAAUGUUCUGAUUGGAUAGGCAUCCAGCUCUUGGAUCAUUGUCUACCAAAGUAAACUGGCAUUCUGUUUUUGCGCUUUUACCUACUAUAAAUCUAACCAAACCAAUCUUUAUAGGCAGUAACGACUGCAAUAUAAUUAAUUAACAUUAAUUUGUCAAAAAUACUUAAGCUAAAUGGUCUUGAAAUAUAUUCCGAAUUUUUCAUUUCAUAUUAAUUUCUCACGAUUUCUGUUCCAUGUUUUGAUGUUGUUUGUUUAUAACGAAUAGAAUAAUACCUCUUGCUGCCUCACUCCGAAUGAAGUGGGUGGGAGUCGACUUUUUGUAUAACCCAUGCUUGUAUUGGCUAACGUGUAUCUUCAUUUCUUCAUGAUGAAAAUAAGCAUACCUGCAUGGAUGUGGUUUCAUUCGUUGGGUGUUGAUGUUGGUUGAAAUAGUUAAGGGGAGCUGGUCUGCGUCUCCACAGAAGAUGCAGCAUGAGCUCUCAAUUAAAUAUUGUCAACAAAAUUUGUACGUUUGAUAAUGUUUGUCAAGUACGCAAAUGGUUAGUGAGUGAAAACAGACUCACACGAGUUGUGUCCCUUUCUUCAGCUACGUGUCCCUGACCUUUGUCAAAAUGGUUACAGUAUGCUGCAGAUGGUACUGAUGAUGUAUUGAUGAUGAAGUGACAAGUCACGCCACGCCAUCCAUCUUCAAAGACUGAUUCCUAUUGGUAUUUAGCUGUGUUGGCCAUGAUGUUAAAAUGAUUUGUGACAAUUUGAUCAAAUCUUUGUCAUUUUAGGGUAAAAUUUGAUUGCUUGACAAAAUUAGCAGGAUUCCCUUGAAAUUACUGGUGUGUACAAAAUGUCAUCUGGUUAUUCGUCAAGUUUAUUUAUUUUAUACUUGUUUUAUUGUUUGUAAUGGAACCAUGUCCGAUCAGUUGUUAUAGUUUGUUUAUGUCUUGUUGAAGGUUGUUUUGUGGGUUAGGAGAAAGAAUCUGAAACACUAACUAGAAUGUUUUUUCACAAACGUAUGAACAUUUGUAUGUCUUUGUAAGGUUGACCUACGUCAGAACACUUAGGAGAAGAUGGUUAUGUGACUGAACGUCAUUAUUGAUUACAAGAGUCAAAAGUCGGAUACUUUACGCAAUGAUCCAUUGUGGUCCGGUAAAGGUUUGAUAAAUCGUGGAUCUUUUAAAUUGGCCUGGUUUGACACAGACCCGACUUGAUUAUUUGUUGGUUUACGGAUAUUUUUGUGAUAAUUCAUGGUCAGUAAGUGGGGGAAAAUUUAAAAAGACCUUUCAUUUCAAUUUAUGUCUAUCAAGAAGUAUUUGAAUAUGUUGCUAGUGUGCAGUAUUUAUAAAGCCAGUCUCAUUGGGAUUGUGGUUUAACGUCUUUGAAAAACAAAGUUUUGUGCUAAAUAUGUUUGAAGUCAGCUGUAUAAAAACAAUAGAACUUUUCAGAUUUGAUUUAUUUUAAUUUUAUGUUUUUAAGGGUCAUGGAUCUGAAAACCAAUUUGUGCAAAAUAAUGCUAAUGCUGUAAUGUCUGUCUUGGUCCGUAUCAUGGCAGCUGGUAUGUUAUGACUAGUUAUGGCCAAAUUUGAAACUUGGACUCACAACAUUAAUCGCCACAAAAGAGUAAUCUUUUAUCAUUCAGUCAGUUAUUUUUCCCCAAGUGUGGAUACAUAAUUAUUUUUGAAUGACAUUGUUUUGGAAGCGUGAAUGAUUUGAGAAUACAAAGAAACACAAUGUCUUGCUCAUGAUGACUCAACAAACAGUGCUGGCCAGUGAAUUAAGUCGAAAUGUCCAUUGUAUUUUCAUUACUUGUAUUGAAAAUUUUCCUCAAACUAAUUGCGUUUUUAGUGAAUAAAACCAGUGGAUCGUAACGAUUGAUAUUAAAGCGAAGAGAUAGACUUUGCACGGAUUGAGUGUGAAUAUAUUUCGGGGACAAACUUUCUUUAUACCUGACUAGUUCAAUGUACUCUUGUCAUCAUUCUGAAUGGUUCGACUUUGAUAUAAAAAAAAACCUUGUAUGAAUUCUGUAAAAAACGUUCUGAAAGCUAUCCCCAUUUCUCGAUGUGCUUUUUUGUGUUCUGUUUAUCACCGCAGGUUCUCAGAUAUGGAGACAAGUGCAAUGACAUGUGAAACAUUGUUACACUAAAUUGUGGCAAUGUUUCCAAUCAAGGUACCUUUUAUUGAAUAAAUAUUGUUAGACUUUGUGA